AAUAGGCGAGGUGGGGCCGAGACCGAAAGUGAUGUGACACAUGUCAACACGGCGCCAUUUGCCUGAAGGAGCGUUUCAUGACUGUGAUUAAGUCUAAAAAUGUGUUUCUCCCGCACCUGAGGAUGGACCAGGACUCGGAUAAUAUUCUAAAUGAGAUUGACAACCUCCUCACCAAACUCGAGACACUACCCAACGAUGUUCGCCUUCAAGCUCUCAGGAAACUCUCACAGAAGGUAUCCCUUCCACAGUCAAGAGGAAGAGGAAGAGGGAGAGGGAGAGGUAGAGGACGUGGGAGGGGAACUGCCAUUACCCCCUCCCCUUCUGUCCCCUCCUCCCCCUUCCCCCCAUCAUGCACUGGGUCCCCCUUCCGUGACGAACCCACGGAGGGGCUAGAUGGCAGUGAUUUGGAAACUUCCCAGCAGCAUAAGUUUCCUGAGGGGGUUGAGGCAGAGGCUCCUGGAGCAGUGGAGGGAGCCCAGCGUGGUGUGAGGAGGCGGGGCAGUGGCAGGGCGAGGCAGCGAGGCAGGGUGUCAGCUGUGGAGGAUGUCAUUGUGUCGGGUCGCCGCUCCACCAAGAGAGUGGACUACAGGCAGCUGGCGGAGUUUGGCUACAGCAGUGAUGAGGUGGAGGGAGGGGACAAGGAGACCAGGCAAGAAUCACCAGAACUCACCAGCCCCACCACCUCAACCACCACCACCACCUCAACCACCACCACCACCUCAACCACCACCACCACCACCACCUCAACAACAAAGAGGAAGCGAGGCCGGCCAAAGAAGAACACACACCCGACUCUCUCUACACCGGUAAAGGAAGGUUUAGAAUUUCCCACACCUGCACUAGACACGGAGUUGGAUUCCCUUGCCUACACAUGUGCUGAGGCUCCCACACCUGCUGCGGGUGAACCUGAGGGCGACACUGGUUUAGAGGGGGCUCAGCAAGUGGAUGCCUUGGACCUUCUAGAAAGUUGCCUGAAGGAAAGUGGCAUAAAGGCAGUGGACGCAGAACCACAGGGAAGAAAGAACCUUGAGAUCCCUGACAAUCCUGACCUGAAGAGCAUUAUUGAGGAACAGGAGGAGCAGGAGGAGGAGGAAGAGGAGGAAGAGGAGGAGGACGAGCAGGAGGAAGAGGAGGGCGCGUCACACGAACCGCACGUCAAGUUAGAGGAGCUGGAUGUUUACGAUGAGCUGGCGGGGAAGGAGGAGGUGUAUGUCUGUGAUAGUCUGGAGUCAGUCAGUAGUGUUCCUAAGAAGAGCAACAUCAAGUCCCAGUUUAAAUGUGAUCAGUGUGGAAAGAUGUACUCCACCUUGUCUAUAUUAAAGUCACACAAAAUCCGUCACAGGGACAAGAAAGAUCUCCCAUUCCGCUGUGACAAGUGUGACUUCACAGCGGCGUCCAAGAUUGAGUUGUUCCGACACUCGUACAAACACUCGGACGCUCAGUUGUACAUCUGUGAGAUCUGUGGCAACACAUUCUCGCGUGACACCAGUCUGAGGGAGCACAUAGAAUACGUACACACUUGCACACGCAGGCUUAAGUGUGCGCAGUGUGGCUACGUGACCAACAGACGACAGACCAUGCGUAAACACCUGCUGAGCCACAAUGGAGUGCGGCCUGUCAUUGCGUGUCCCAUCUGCGGCGUCACCUUCAGGAGCAAACGUAACCUGAAGACUCACCUGUUCUCGCACGUGGGAGCAAAGCCGUUUGAGUGUGAUGAGUGUGGCAAGAAGUUUAUCCUGAAGAACCGUCUGGUGGUGCACAAACAGCAGGUGCACGGACCGAGAACCCACAAAUGUCCCGAUUGCAUCAAGACCUUCCCAACGUACCACCACCUGCAGAGGCACGUCAGGGUUCACACAGGAGAGAAGCCGUACCGCUGCUGCUUCUGCUUGUUCACCUGCAACACUCAGGGGAACCUUAUCAAGCACAUCAGGCAGAUUCAUGAGAAAGUCAGCUUCUCUUAUAAGGACUGCCUGCGUGUGAGUCGGAACGUGGCUGAGGUGGAGCCGGUGGAUGACAGGGAGAUGAGGAAGCUGAGUGAGGAGGGAAGGGAGGUGGCCCAGCGACUCCUGCCCACCCUGGAGGAAUACACGGGACAGUCCCUCUCUCUGGACAAAUUGGUGCAGCAGGUGAAAAAGGAGAAGGAAGCAAAGGCACAGUACAUUCAAGACCAACUGAACCGAAAGAAGAGACGCACAUCCAGAAAGCCAGCAGGAGGACCCAAGGCGCUGUCGUCACUAUGCAGCGGGGGAGAGGACGGCAAGAUGACCCUCUAUGCUGUGUCUGGUGGGGCGGGGGGGCAGCGGCGGGGGCAUGGAGCCUCUCAUAGAUGACCAAGUGUAUAUAGAAGAUGGGCUGGCCAACCUUGGUGAGAGCCAGUACCUUUUAACGCAACCUGACGACGGUGGCUGUGUCAUGAUAAUUCCCUGGGACGUGUCUCUGAUUGGGGAGGAGGAGGCAGCGUGGGGUAGUGAGCGCAGGGAGGUGAAGGGUGAAGUGGGUGAUGUUAUGGGUGUUAAAGUGCCAAAGGAGGAGGUAGCAGGGAGUAUUACCACCCUAGAAUCAGCACUUGAACUUAGCACAAGGUCUAAAGAGGAGAGGGUGAAGGAGGAGGCAGAGAGCAGCGCUGGGAAGGUCAUAGAGGUGAGGGAACUGGUUGGAAGUCUCGGUGGGGCACUGGCUGGUAAAAAUAAGCCUUCCAACAUGGCCACUGGGGAGAAAGGCUUCCAGAAAUGUUUCCCGGAGUCCAUCCAGGUGAUUGCCUCCAAUGAACCUGUGGAUGACCCUUCACCUCAAUGCUCCAAUCUUGUGCUGCCUGAAGGAUACAUCUUUGACCCCACCGGCCAGGUCAUCCACUUUCCUGACGGGGUGCUGGACGCUAAUCUCCUCCUGCGGCAGACAGUGAGGGGGGGAAGAGGCGCCAGAGGUCACCAUUAACAAGAUCACCAGCAAUGUCUACUCCUUGAUGAGUCAGGGGAGUAAUGGUGACAGUGGGGAAACCUUCGUCAUCACCACGCAAGAUGGGGAGGAGGAGGAGGAGGAGGAAGAGGAGGUGCAGGUGGUGGGCAGGGGAGGAGCAGUGGAGGUGGCCCCAGGGAGAGUCGAUCUUCACCCUGAGGAGGAGGAGGACCGGCAGUCAGCUCUCGUCCUUAUAGUGAAUGCUGAGGAUCUUGACAAUUGAAGCUGGUGUUGGCUGUCAGUCUUUCUGAGUCCCCCACACAGACUCAGCCUCCCACCACACCUACUCACUCACACACCACACUCAGCCAGCCUUCCACUGCCACAUCUCACACACACUCACUCCCCCACACACUCACGCACCUCAACCCUUCCCAGCCAAACUUUCCAUGCCCUAUCAAGUCAUUUGUUAUGUACAAGAGUUAUAAAGAGAGAGUUUUCUAUAAUUUUGAAAGCCAACUUGAUGUAAGUUAAUAAAUUAUGGUGGCGUUCGUUAUGAA